CCGCGGUAAAACAUAUUUGUGAACUAAACAAAAAGCAAAAACAUUUACUUUUUUUUAUUAGAGUUUCUACCCGCCUAAUAUUCAAAUAAGAAACACAUUUUUGUAUUUAUUUUAGACAAUAAAACUUCAACUUUACUGAGUUACCUAGAAACGCUUACUAUUUAUCUAAAUAGGUACUAGAAGCGAUUAAUAUUGAACUAUUUAGAUUAAAAAUUAAAAUAGGUACUAUUCUCUUCAAACCAGAAUGUCGUCAUCAGCGCCUUCGUGCGCGAAUAACUCUAAAGCUGAAUUAAUUGCUAUAUAUCGGUUAGAAUUCUACAAAAAGAAGAAAAACUGGAAGUUUUGUGCGGAAGACAAGGAGAAAAGUAAUGAAGAGCGCCCAGUCGAGUCGACUAAAAUUCUAAACAAGACAUUCAAUGUGGAAAAUGGAGAAAAUGUCGAGAAAUCACCGCCAGUGGAACAUACCGUUUUGGAGACAAUUUCAUCAAAGGAAACUCCGCCAGCCACGUCAAACAGUCACUUAUCUGACACACGUCGCGAUGAUCUCUGGGUACCAUUCAAAAAUACAGAUGACGAGGGAGCCGGUCAGGGCAAACGUGUUCGGGCAGAAAUUGAGAAAUAUCGAGCAAAAGAUAUAAGGCUAUGGUCGGAAUUCGACAAAUGGGCAGUAUGGGAAAAAGUUCCGAGCAACCUUGUGGAUCCAAAUGAAGGUCAGGCAGAGGUGUCCCACGAUUGUCCCACGGUGCACGUCAAUUGGCCCGAAGAUAGUAAUAUGGCAGCUGUUAAACGUUGGGCAGAAACUGAGAAUGGAUUUAAUUCUAUUAUCGAGGAAAAUAUACGGUUGGAGAAUGAAAAUGGGCAGAUGUGGAAUGAAUUUGCGCAGGAGUAUCCCGAGGCUGGCCGGCGCCGCCCGCCUACGCCGCCACCCGACGACGCCUGGCCAGACGAAGAAAUUCGCGAAGCGGCAUCCGUCCUGCUCGCCGCAGAAGCCAGCGUGUCCCCGGCCGACCUCCCCAGCUCGUUGCAAUAUCGCCGCGAGCGCCCCCUGGCGGAGUACGCGGAGUUCGCCCGCGCCGCGCACCGGGCGCCGCACUCCUCGCAGCUGGAGCUGCGCUUCCACACAGUACCGGACCCCUCGCAACCGACAUGGCUGACUACUGCACAGCUCCGCCGCCGGGUGGCAGCACUGGCGGCCGUGCUCAGGGACCUGCUGCAGCAGCUCAGGGAGCGGGAGAGCGAAGCGCCACCGGCCGCCGCCUGCGAGCAGCCGUGCGACUUGACGACCGAGGAGCGGCCCACACGCGACACUGGUCCUUCCGCGCCCGACCAUACGGUCCAUAGUCGGCUGAAACGCGAACUCAUGUACCAGAUGCAAGACGACUUCCUAGCCGGCUCGUUUAUGCAAGCGCCCGAAGGGUUUCUAGAAGACUCAUUUACAAGUUUACAAGAAUAUAUGCAAGUUCCACAGGAAAAUGGAGGAUGUUUCGGUAUAGACGCUAUGGAUUGUUUUAUGGGAAGAGAUCCCGUCGCGGAAACCGGUGCGGGUGAGGGUAGGUACUUACAGAGUCAUGGGGUUUAUGAGGUUAACGAGAGCCAUGGUCGGGGCAGAGGCAGGGUUCGGAGUUCCAUAAUAGGGAUCGGUAACGGACGACCGUACAGACUCUGAAUUCUAGAAUAUUCUUUUGUUAAUAAUGUUGGUACUAGAGGUAGCCGAUAUCUAAUAUAUAUGUUUAUAAUUACUCCUCUCCAUGCAAAGGUUGCCUGCAAGAGAUCGCUCUUAGCGAUAAGGUCGCCCAUUGUUUCCUCACUGUGAUUAUUUCAUGUAAUUAUUUAUAUUUAUAAUAAGUUUACUGUUGUAAUCUUAUGGAGGAAACGACAAAGAGUAUCUAUCUAUCUAUCUAUGUUACCAAAUAUAUAUGUUACACUAUGUUUUACUGUAAAAGCCUUAACAAUGUUUUUUUUUAAUAGAUGAUAAUGGAAUGGUAACCCCGCCUGCGCUAACGGUAUACACUGGCGGAGAAACCCAAUAUAUAGAUACUGGAUCGGUAUCCGUAUCACCCAUCCUUGUUAGUACUGUAUAGUGUAGACAGAGAGUUUACUGCGGUAAAUAUCCGUCAUUUUUGUAUACAAAUUUCAACGGGAACUUUUAAUUUUGAAAGUUUUUUUUUUUCGUGUUUAUGUAGAUACAUAAAACACAGAUGUGUUAUCUAAUUUUUUUUUUUAUGUUACCGUCUAGUACAUUAACUUUUCUAACGUAAUAAAGUUGUCACUAGGCGAUGUUUGUACGUGAGGGGGGGGAUGGUUAAGGAAAAUUUAUAUAUUGGGUCUCAAUAUAGUCAAUCAAUAAGUCUGUCUGUAUGUUUGUUCCGAUAUCAUGUAAAAGCUAUUGCAUCAAAUUGGAUGCAGUUUCCACAGUUGUAUUCCUGAAGGUGUAACUUAAAAUCUAAAGUGAUAUUCAUCUUGUGCCUAGACGAUACUUAGAAAUGAUCUAUUUCAUAACAUACAGAGUAUACUGUGCCGCCCAUGAUGUCCCUCAUGCGUUGUCUUUCCUAUAAAUACAGUAUUAACAGUAAAGCCUUAUUAAACUCUUCUCUUAAUAUUGGUGGUCCCAAGUUAUCCCAAUGCAUACCGUUUUUUUUUCUAUCUUCACACAAGUCUUGCCCGUCACAAAGUUUUUCUACAUAUCUUUUCCAUCUGCCAACUAUAUCUUGGUUGUUAAUUAAUCAUUUGUUAUUUUCGUCCAAUACAGUUGUGCCUUUUGUCUUUGGUUUUCUAAUUCCCUAAUACAUAUAGUACAUUAGAUAAUAAAGUAAUAACUUUAGAAAGAAAGUAAUAUUUGUUUAGUGCUUAGUUACCAUAUCUUGAUUGGCAUUUAUUUACCGGUUCAGUGGUUUAGUUUUUUUUUUUUUUUUUUUAAAUUAAAAAUGAUUAUUUCGGCAAAACAAUUUGGUUAUGCCAUAAUAGAAGUCAGUUUUUUUGGAACCCUAUUUAAUUAUAUGGCUGGCGUCAUGUUCCAUACAAAUUAUGGUAAAUAAUAGUAAUAAUCUCAGUGCAUGAUCAUAUUAUAAGAGCGAUAUGUUUAUAUUUUUUUUUUUUUAUAAUUGAUGUUUACUAAACAAUCUUGGUUUAUCUUUUUAUCAAAGUUAAUUGUUAUAUGUUUAUCUUGUUAUUUUUAUAUUUACAACGCCAUCUAUCGUCAUGAAACAGUACUAAAAACAAAUAAUGUUUCACCGCUAGAUGGCGUUAUAUAUACAUAUUAUAUAUAUAUAUAUAUAUAUAUAUAUAUAUAUAUAUAUAUAAAAAUUUACUGACGAUGAUAGAAAUAUUAUAGAAGAAGCAAAGUUCUAAUUUUAAUAAAAACAUGAAAAGUAGGUUAUAAUAUGUCGAUUCAAAUAUUUUUUGCUAUAACGUCAUUAUUGUUUUAUGUUUUAAAUAUUAUUAGUAUUAUAUUCUUCUGCAGACUGAUUUUUGGUGCAUAAUUAUUGAUUGAAUGUGUGAAAGGAGUUCAGAGUGUUGAAAAACACCGCCAUUACAGUAGUCUAGUGUUGCUGAAAUGAUUUUAGUUACGAAAGGGUUUAGUGGAAAAAAAAAAAUACUUUGUAAUGUUCCGGUAAAUAUCAGCAGUUAUUGUUAGCAAUGACUCGCUCAGUUCUCAUAUCGAUUGCGCCGUCUAUUGCCAUGCAUGUCUGUGGUCACAUAUUUACAUAUUAUUUCAAUGUAAUGUAAAUAGGACUCCAUUUUCCGCACUUAGCCUCUCAUUUGGGCCGUUGUGCGUAUGUACAUAUUAUUUUAAAGGUACAUAUAAAUUUUUACAUGUAUAUAAUUUUCCCCUUUUAGUAUGAAAUACUAACUCAACAGCUGAACGCGCCGUUUUAAGACCGUUCCUAAUAGGCGUGGUUAAUAUAUAGCAAUGUCUAUAUAGUUUAGUCACAAUAUCUAUAUACAGGUCCAAUAACGAAUAUGUUAAAAGUCUGUUAUCCAAAAAUAUUGGAUAACAGACUUUGAACAUGUUCGAAAAUAGAUAUCCGACCGUUAUGGGCGAUAUCGAAAUGGGUGAUGAGCUUUUCUCCGCCAUCAAUGUCCAGAGGAGCCCAAUAUAUAGAUACCGGAUCGGUAUCCGUAUUACCAAAUGCCUAGUUCAUAAAUAAGUGCAAAUACGUCUCAAUUGCCUGUCAAUUUUCAAAAACAAUUUCGUCUAACAAAUUAAAACAUCUCCAAAGCCUAGCUACAGUUGCUAUAUACUUUAUAUGCAGUAUACUUUAUUUGUAUUAUACAAUAUAGGAUCCAAUCCCAUCCGCCUGCCAAGCGUGGCAACUACUGGCGAAACCCCCCCAAGGGGGAGGCUUAUGUUGAGCAGUGGACGGUGAAGGUGACAUGAUGACGUCAUAGUUCGCUAGCAGAACGCUUUUUAAAUAAUCAGACACAUCGUACUCGCUGUUGUAAAUUUCUUAUAUUUAAUAAAUAAAUAAAAAUAAAUAAAAUAAAAUAUUAAAAAUUAGGAAAUUAUUCUUGAUAAAUUGACAGAUAAUUGCCACAUUGCAAUAUCUUGUUAAGUUAUAAACACAUAAAUGAGAGGCUCGAAAUUGUUUUGUUACCCGCCUUUUCUUGUUCAUAAGUCCUUGACACAUUUGUUAAGACGACCUGUUUGUAUUGCUGUAUUUUGUAAGAAACUAAAU